AUGCUAAAGCAAGAACAUGCUGUUUUGGCAGGAGAGAUCGCUCGAGUUGAGAUUGAAGAUCCCUACUUAAAGGUUAUUGAAGAAGAAAAAGCUGCUGAGGCCAAACGAAAGAGAACUCAAAGAGAAGUCGACGAGGAAUGCUGUCCUGUGGUUUUACACCCUGAUCUCCGUGAAGAAACUGCGGAGGCAAUCAUAGAAACCUUUAAAGAUGCUAAAUAUGAAAUACUACAAGAUGCAGUCAUCAAAUUAGACAUCGAUAUGGCAAGUGAACUUCUUGCGGAUGAAAUCGAUGAACCUGAUUACGCAUCGCGUAUCAACAAAUUGAUGAGGGAUCCUCUGCGCGUCCUCAUUGUGGCAAGAGGUUCCGAAGGCGUUUUCAAUGAGAUUGCCAAAUUUAUUGGCCCAAAAAGCAGCGAAGGCCCCUUAGAAGACGAAAACUUUAAGAGGGCGAUAAAAAUGCUCUAUCCAGAAUUCACCCCACGGCGAGUAAUUGUCUACGUCCCAGAUACUGAGGAGAUAAGACCCAGUGUUCAUCCCAUGGAAGAAAAAAAGGACUCUCUCAUGGAUGAUGAGAUCAGUGAGGGUUCUUCCGGAGUGCCUGAAUACCAGGGUCCACCCCGAGUUAUCGUGCUGGUCAAACCACCAGCUUACGGAAGCUAUCGCCACGCAGUUAUCACUGACUUGGAAGCAAACGGCUUCAAAGUCCUCUCCACCAAGGACUACACCUUCACUGAGGAAGAAGCUCGCGAGCACUACGCUGAUUUGGCUUCUCUCACUCUCUUUGAAGGUCUUAUCUCUGUUAUGACUUCUGGACCGUCAUUUAUUAUAAUGGCUUGCAAAGCUGACGGGCCCAGGGCGUUGAAGGACAUUUUAGGUCCCGAGUCUUACGCCCAAGCCUUGAAGGACAGUCCAGAUUCUCUUCGAGGAAAGUACUCGUCCUUCCCGGAGAUUCCGAAAGAGGACGAUCUCACAUGGAUUGAUGGCACCAUCGCCGAACCGCAGGCUCAGAAUACGGUUAUUCGCUUUUUCCCCGUAGAAGAAACUUUUGCUUUGCUUAAACCCGAUAGCCAACCAGCUUGGGACGAAAUUUUGGACGACAUCAAACGAGCAAGUUUUAAAAUCGCCGCCAAAAAGGAGGUUCAACUCCUGCCUGAAGACGUUCGUGUCAUCUACGAGAGGGAGGUGGAUAAACCUUACUUUGACGACCUAGUUCGCCAUAUGACAUCUGGACCAUCGCUGGCGUUGGUCUUGAAGGCCCAAGACGCUGUCAAGAAGUGGGCGAAAUUAAUUGGACCCACGGAUCCUGAUGUCGCAGUUGACAGCUAUCCUCCAGAUCUUCGAGCCACGUAUGGCAGGAACAUCCGCGACAACGCUGUGCAUGGAAGUUCCAGUGUGGAAGAAGCUAAAAAGAGCAUUCGACUGAUAUUCUCUAGUGGUUCGCACGACAGCGACGGCAGCUGUUUCAUUGAAGAAGAAGAUGAAGAUGACGAGUAUGACUACGAUGAUGAUGACUUCUGCAAUGAAGAGCAACGGGAGGAUGAAAAUGAGGAGGAAUAUGAAGAGCGAAUGUCCCGUUGUGAAAAGCGUCGAAGAUGUCAUGAAAAGCGUCGAGCUAGAUCGACUCUAGAAGAGACAGAGGAAGAAGAGGAGGAAGAGGAAGAGAACGCAGAAGAGGAGGAAGAGAGACAAAUUUAUGAGAAGGAAGAGGAGAAGACUGAGAAAGAACACGAAAAAGUGGUAGAGAAAUCAAAAGGGAAGAAAAAAGGAAAGUCUGAGGGCUCGCACAGCAAAAGUGGGAAGUCAAAAACAGUAUCAGUUGAAGAAACUCAACCCCCCACAACAAUUGAGGAGGUUAAAGAAGACACUGACAUGAGAGCUACUGUUGAGGACGAUGGGACCACAAUUACAUCACCACCUCCCCAAGAACUUCAGGAGACGACGGAGGCGACUGAGGAGGCAAAUGUCGAGGAGGCGAAUCCCAACAAUCAAACUCGACCGAGGUGGAGGGUGAAGAAACUGCUUCCCAGUUCAGUGGACACGUCCUGGGGAGUGGCUCACAGACUGGCGCACAUUGGAUGCUAUUCCUCUAAAGCUGCUCCACCGGGGCGCCUUCCUCGCUCCUUGUGGCCAUGA